AUGAGCUUGCAACCCAUUGCCCUCGACCUUUGUCAAGCCUCUACCCUUCGGGGCCGUCGCAGAAGUUCUAUCCGUCCUCAAGCUAUCCUUCCUGCUCUUGGCUACGCGUCUGGAGCUACACGGGAUGAAAGUGCCCUUGCAGACGAUGUGGAAUGCCAUAUUGAUCACCCUACCACCGCACACACCUCAUCCCACUCUUCUAGUUUCACUACAUCACGGCACCAAGACGAUCUCACUCUUUCUUCGCCAAAAACUACAUCGACUGUAACAACAGUAAACUGUGAAUCAUAUUUUGAAGCCAAGUGUCGCCCUGGAGACCUACGCCUCAAAUGGCGCCUUGCCAGCGCGCUCUUCCAAUAUUUCCUUAACGGUUGGGGCGAUGGAGUCACUGGAACGGCGCUGCCAUACUUCCGGGCACAAUUCCAUCUUAGCUACAUGACCUCGUCGUUGUUAUUCGCGGGGACUAUGUGCGGAUUUACUCUGGGGACGUUGUUCGUCCCCCGAAUCAUCGCAUUUCUCGGUCGAUUCUACUUUUCCCAUCAAAACUUGGCAUUACAACCACUUUCCCCAUUCCGAAGCAUCUUUUCUAGAUCCCGCCUGGGUCCAAUGGGCUUCUCACUCUCGCAGGCGCGAUUCCUAGCCCUCAUUAUCACCAGUUUCGCCUCACCUGUAAAUUUCAUCUUGAUGGGGUCCAAGCGGGGUUUAGCGGUCAUGUUCAUCGCUUACGUUAUAAUCUCAUUCGGCAGAGCCAUAUCUACAGCUCCGUUAAAUCUUUUCUUGUCCGAAAUGCCAAGCAAACCACUCGGAUACGCUUUUGGUCUCUGGGGCAUUGGUGCGGUCGUUUCCCCGCUUAUUUUCCAGGCGACGGCGGCAGCAGGCCUUCCGUGGAAUCAUUUCUACUUCGGCUCGCUCGUCCUGGCGGCAGCGAACACGACAUUCCUUGCUAUCACUUUCAUGCCAACGGCGCAAGAACUCGAAACGGAUCGGAAGAAAGCAUUGGCUCAAGUCACAUCUCAGCCACUUGACGCUAAGAAUGACACAACCUCCAAAUCCGUAAAAAAUCCUCUGCGCUUGAUAGCGGUCAUGCCAUAUCAAUGGGCUGUGUCUGUUUUCACCCUAUUUUAUUGCGGGACGGAAACCACAAUUCAAGGCUUGGUCGUCCAAUAUCUGUUAGCUGAACGCAAAGCCGACCCCGAUACGGUUGGGUACGUCACUUCGGGUUUCUGGCUUGGGAUCAGCAUCAGUCGCGUUGGAUGGAGCUAUUUCUCGCCCAGCGCAAGUACGCCGUGCAGAUCUGCUUGCGUUGGACUGGCGAUGCUUUUCUUGAUUUGGUUCAUCGACUCGAUUAUUGAGAAUGGCGCAUCAGUUGGCCUGAUUGGUCUCUUCUUUGGCCCAAUCUUCCCUGCCCUCUUAGAGCUGGCGAACGACUUGUUGCCCGCAGAAGUCCACUUGGUUUCCAUGGCCAUUAUUUCCGCAGCGGGCUCUGUGGGAAGUGCGAUCCUUCCGUUUGUCACAGGCGUCAUCACCACCGAGUAUACGAUGAACAAGUGGCCAUAUAUAACCGUCGCGCUGACCAGUUCCUUGUUUGUUGUCUGGUAUUUGUUCCCAACCCACCAGCCAGUUGUUAGAGCCCUCCGACAAAAUUAA